CCGCUUUCAUUGUUACGACCCUCACGAUCGCCUUGCUGAAGAUGUCUACUGAUACCUACCAACUCUUUGCUUUGGGAAACCCCCUGCUUGAUAUGCAGGUGACGAACGGCGAGGAGCUCUUGAAGAAAUAUGAACUCAAGUCCAACGAUGCCAUUCUCGCGGAGGAGAAGCACCACCCCAUUUACAACGAGCUGGUAGAGAAGUACAAGGUCACUUAUGUAGCAGGUGGCGCCGCUCAGAACGCGGCGCGCGGCGCAGCUUAUGUGCUUCCGCCUCACUCCGUCGUCUACGUUGGCUGCGUCGGCGACGAUGACCUCGCGGAGCAGCUGAAGGCAGCGAACGCGCGUGAGGGUCUUGACCAGCGCUACCUUGUCAAGAACGGCGAAAAGACGGGCGCGUGCGCCGUCAUCAUCACCGGCCACGACCGCUCGCUCGUCACGAACCUCGCCGCCGCAGAGAAAUUCGAACAGUCGCACCUCUCAUCGCCUGAGGUCGCGCCCCUCAUUGACGCAGCGAAGAUCUUCUACGUCGAGGGCUACUUCCUCACGCACGGUACCGAAUCUGCGCUCGAGGUCGCGAAGAAGGCAUCUGAAGCGGGCAAGAUCUUCGUCCUCAACCUCUCCGCCCCCUUUAUUCCCCAGUUCUUCGCUGUCCAGUUGCAGCAGAUCCUGCCCUACACCGACGUCGUCAUCGGCAACGAGGCUGAGGCUGAAGCAUGGGGCAGCGCGAAUGGCCUCCCGGACAAGAACGACCUCGCCGCCGUUGCGCGCGCGAUCGCGUCCCAGCCCAAGUCGAACGCGUCCCGCCCGCGCACGGUGAUCAUCACCCACGGUCCCAAGUCGACGACGGUCGUCACCGGGGACAACCUCGAUAACCCGAAGGUGUACCCCGUCAACCCGCUCGCAGAGGGGCAGAUCGUAGAUACCAACGGCGCGGGCGACGCGUUCGCGGGUGGCCUCCUGGGCGGGCUCGUCCUCGGCAAGAGCAUCGACGAGUCCAUCGAGGCUGGCCACAAGCUCGGCGCGAUGUGCGUGCAGCAGGUCGGACCUACGUACAAGUGGCCCAAGGUCCCCAUCUUCUGAGCGACAACGGCCCCUCGCUCGCCAUAUAACUUAUCUGCUUCGCGCUCUCAACAGCGUCCCACCUACGGUUCAUCCCGUUGUAGCCCUCCCACUUUUAGGAGCCCCCAUCCAUAUGUAGUUUACGAGUCAACCAUCGUCAUCUGUAGCAUCAUACCCAGUAGCAGAAAAUGCAUGGUCACCCGUGCCAUUU